AUGGCGCGACGUCACGAUGAUUUAAAGGAGUACAGAAUAACAAGCUCGGAGGACCGGAUCGACUGGCAAAAGAGGAGGAAUGCUCUGCAUUGCAAGAUUAACUUCUGUGUUGGAAUGUCAGCUUUGCUACUUUUGAAUUACAUUGCCGAUCGUGUAACUUAUCAUUGCUCUAAAAUCGCAGAUUGCUAUAAGAGCAACUUAAAGUUCUUGGGCAGACUUAUCUGGCUCAAGUGUAUACUCUCUGUGGGAGAAAGAAGACUUGUAAUGAUUUAUGAGCCUAUCUGCAACUGGUCUCAAGGCAAUUUUACAAAUAGGCCCCUAAUUUUACCAAAUUUUUGCAAACUUGCACGAUUUUUGAUAUCCUUAGCAUUCAUGGAUAUCAAAAGUAUGCGAAUGUUUCGAGAAUUGGCUACCGAUGGCUCUGAUGCUUUGAGAUCAGUCACGCUGGUGUCAACGAAACGGCAAGCUAAAAAUCUCCGACUUACUGCAGUCAGUCUGAUCCCUACUAAAUCAACAUCACCAGGUGGAAGCGGCCGCUACGUGAGGACGAGUGAAGCCAUGCAAAAGUGGUUGGACGAUCAGAUUACUCUUGUGUCCGGCGCGCAGGUAAAGCCGACACCCCCUGUUCCACGACCCGCGCCUACGUCACGAUCUCCCUCCAAGCACAUUUAUCGCAACAAGAAGAAAUGGGAGAACAACAACUUAAGGAAACAAAAUCCACCUAGCGGAGCUAGGAAAUCGAGUUGUAAAACUUCGCAACGUCGGAAAUCGUUUUCCAACUCUUUGGAGGCCAGUUGUAGUGGUCGAAAUCCUAAAAAGGAGCGGAAGAGGAGAUCACGCGGUAGAAACAUAAACAGUGAAUCUACUUGCAAAACCGCACAAAUGGACAAAUCUUACUCGAACUCUACAGAAGACAGUUUUAACGGUGAACUAAAUCGGCCAUACGCCCACCAAUCACGAUCAAGCAGCAGUGAUGGGGAACGAUACGACGUAAAAGUUCAACGAUCAUCAUCCAUCCAAAGUGUGUUAAGUUCACUUGACUCAGCUGGAGGUCUUCUUCUUGGACGUCACGUUCUUGCCCCGCGGCGCGAUCACGGAAAUCGUCUGUACUUGGGAGUAAUUAAAACACAGGUCGUAAAUUCAAGACCACUUAAAGGCGCUAACCCAGAACGCAUAUCUGGAGUUUUCAGUUUAACUUUCCCCACUUUAAAUUCAACAAAGGAGGACUGUACUUAUGUCCAAAGGAAAAGGAGUAAGCGCUUUGGAGUAGUCUUCUGCAUUCCCUACGCUGGUCACGGAGGAGAGGAGAGCUUGGAAUACUGCAUGCAGGAGGUGGAGAUUGACGACAUCUUUUCCUACACCGACCUUUAUCGCCAUGCGGUGUGCGAGAAGGACGACGUUCUUGUACCGGCAUGCCUUCUCCAACCUCGUGAUGGUGACGGAACGCGCCCAGAGGCCCCGGUAGACCCUCCCUAUGCCGGUCAACCCUAUGUCCUCGCCGUAGUCUAUAAGGGCUUCGAACCUCGCUCUUCCCGGAGGAUCGGAUUACCAAGACGUAAGACGGCCUCACUAGUGGUGAAAGUAGCAGGAGGUGAGCGACCGCGUCUUUGUGCAAUUCCUGUAAGGUGCGCUCUGUGGAUCCCGGAGAAGCAGGCGCAUAUGCUUUACAGUCAGAACUGCCAUUUCUACGACCAAAAGCCGACCAGGAAACGCGACUUGAGCCCAUUCCAUGAGGAACACGAGUCCCUGUGCAUGCAUGGCGGACCCAACUCGCCUAGUCAUCGUACCGACAACGGUGAUGCCGACAGCCAGCACUCGUACAAGAGCUCGGAUCUCUUCCGUAGAUCCGUGGACAGUGCAGAGUCUGGCUCGCCUUCGGAUGUUCGCCAGAGAAAUCGUUCUUUGGGAGCAAGAAGUCAUGCAGAUACCGAGAGCAACAAUUCGGACGGAUUUUCAGCAUUGGAGAAGCGCUCUCAAAGCUCCAGUCGAUGUUCAGAAAACAGUAAUUCCAUCACCAAACGCCCCAUUUGGCAGUAUUGGGGUCGGGCUCAAAUUCCAGAUCUUCUGGACCCUCCUAGCCACGAGCCCUACAUUCCAAUGCAAGUCUUUGGACCCACCGCUCUAGUUAACUCUCAGCCUGGUAACGAAUGGCCAGCAGCUCAUUUCGCAGUGGUGAACCGCUCUGUCGACAGCAUGACUGCGCAAAAUGACUCAACACGCGUUUACGAGGCCAUGCGUCAAAUUCAGAACUCACCUGCAGUGCCCAAGUCAACCGAUAUUUCUGUAACUCGAAGCCAACCGAAUACGAGUAAAGAUGGUGGUUUCGGAAGUUUCCUCCACAAAUCGCCAUUUAGAAACGAGGACAGGCUGGCAAGUGCCUCACUUCGAGAUCUGUACCGCCGGAACUUGUUGAAGAAUCGCAAGGAGACCAAAACGAAUUCUGCCUGUGACCUCAACAGACACCACUCCAUCACCAAAUCAGUUAGGAGUCAGUGA